AAACAGUUGAUAUGGAUACAAAACACUGGAAGAACGAAACAGAUUCAAAGCUGAACGUAUCGAUUAUUGACGACUAGUUAUUUAACGGGCGGCUGAAAAUAUCAUAUACACAACUACCGCAGUACAUGAAACAUGGAGUUUUACCUGCUAAUGCCGUUUUGCUUCUCCGGAUUUAUGAACAUUGUUAUCGUUUCUGGCUGUGUCCAAGGUACGAUAAAAGGAAGAUGUAACGAAACACAUUUCUGUUUCUGUACGGCCGGAGAAUGGAUGAUGACCUCACUGACAGCGGUACAGACACAACAUCCAAGUAUACUAACGUUCAACAAUCUAUGCACGUGUAGCGGUGCAUCACUUGAAACAUGUGUAAACGUCUGGUAUGUCAGUGAAUUUCAAAAUUUGAACCAAAAUGAAAUCAAUUUAUCAGAUGAAAACUGUGCAGUCAUAGUCAAAAAUACUACCAUUAAUGACACAAGUACGACAGGAUCUUUUCAUAGUACAACAACUGAAUCAUUAACAACAACUGAAUUAUCAACAACAACUGAAUUAUCAACAACAACUGAAUCAUUAACAACAACUGAAUCAUUAACAACAACUGAAUUAUUAACAACAACAUCAUCAUCGACAACAAAGAAUCACCUAUACCUGGAACAAACAACAAUUGGAAAUGGAGGUCAGAAUUGUUGCUGUUCCUCAGAUUAUGAAGCAAAAGUACAAUACUGGUUAAACGAAACCAAUCAGCGCCUUCACAAAGAAAACCUGCCUAAUAGUCUCAUUGAAAUAAAGGAUGAAUUGAUGCUAGAGACGAAGAAUUUGUCGGCAAGCAAGAGUCUACGGAUGUGUGCCCCCGAUCAACGUUACUCAGCGGCAGUCGCGGGUUACGUAGGAGCUUUUGUCAUUGGACUGGUUCUGUCUGUGAUUAUUCUCAUGGAUUGUAGCACUUUUAUCACAAGUCUCCACAGAUGUAUGUGCAAAUGAAAUUUGCUUUUUUUUUUAGAUUAAAAGAACGUUUUCUAUUGUCACGUAUAUCCUUAAUAUAUAACCAAACUCUGGCUUUCCUUCCGCUAAAUGUAAAAUGAAAGCUUUUGGAAGGUGGCUGAACGAGAGAGCGAUACCAUUCAGUUAUAAUACCCUUAAGUUAUCUUUCAGUGGAUUUAAUGAAAGAAUUUUUUCAUCCAGUGCUCUCAAAAAAAGACUGUCAGCAUUGAUAUGAUAAAGAUAUAAGGAUUUGGAUCGGACAACAAAGAGUUGCUGAAUUUCUCAAAAGCUUAGAAGAUUUUCCAAUUCGAAACUCAAUAAUUUUUAAGACUGCAACGUCAAACCAUUCUGAAGGACAAAUAAACAAAAGAUUGUUCAAACGUCAUUGGGAAUAGAGCUCAUUGAAAUAUUCCAGAAUAGAAAAAAUAUAAAAAAAAGAUCUAAUACUAAUAUGAAUACAUGUAUAUUAAAAAAGGAAUUAAAAUGCGGCAAUUGCAAGAUGAGAAAAUUAUUUCUUUACGCUUAAAUCUGAAGCAAGCGUUUUCCUGAUUUUUGAGUUGAGACAUGAAACGACAUAUUAAAUGAUAACAAUUAACCUAUUUUCUGGACACGUACUUUUGAUAGAAAAAAAAUCCACAAAAGGAAUAUUUUGGUACGUUAAGUAAUAAAAUAAAAUCGUCUUAUGGUUAUCUUUGCAUUUAACAUUAGAUUCAUUAUGAGAUAUCGGUGAUUAUGUGUAUAAAAUAUGCAUACCCGAUUAUGCACGCUAAGUCUUAUAGUAAAACUACUCCUAAAUAUAUUUUUUUAACUAAACAAAUGUGUGGUUGCUAACUGUAGACACUACCGUUACUUUCAUACAUUUUUAUUUUUAAAAAAGUUUUAUGCAAUUAAUGGUAUUUAUUUACACAAGACUUCUUCUAUUAAGCACAACGAACUUUUUUUUACUUGCGAGAUGAUUGGAUUCCCACUACAUGUUAUGUAAAC